AUGUUGCCUCCUGCCCAAUUGUUACGAUCGGAUAGCAAUGAUGCUUCACCACAGUUAUUGGUGCCUUUUCCCGAACCAAUACCGGCGGAACCGGAACCAAUACCCUCGGAAAUGGAACUGGUAGAUAUUCCGAUGGAACUCAGAUUAGAUGAUGACGAUGAUGACGACGACAAGAACAGCAAAAUUGAAGACGAUGAUGAUGAAGAUGCACAGCGGCCGGAACCGCCUGUACUGAUUGCCGAUGUGGAACACUACAAGGAAGACAAGCACAACAGGGAUGGCGACAAUCAGCUGACUCAAGAAAAGAUGAACGAGUUUUGGCUGGAGUUCUCACGAUUAUUCUACUGA